AUGAGAAAAAGAUGGAAACGAUGUACGACAAACUUGCCAGACAUUAUUUAUAACAAUAUUAAACAUUCCAUAGGAAUUGGACUCCUACUUAGUUUUCUUGCUCUUUUAUUACCGUCGGGUGUCAGCACAUUGCAACCAGAUGUUCUGCAUAGAUCUUCUUCACAUUCAACUCCAUCGGUAGAAAUCGAUCAGAUUAAAACCAAGGAAUUUAAUACAGACGAUACCAAAGAUAAGGAUAUCAGCAGACUUGUGGAUAGAAGUGAAGAUAUGAUUCGAGCUCAGGAUGAAGAAGAAUCAAGAAUUUGGCCAUCGAAAAGUGCUGCCAAACGAAAAAUACAAAAUCACCUAUGUCCAAAGCCGUUGAUUCCUGACAAUGGCUAUAUUCUCGGCAAAAAUUACAACUCCGGAUCGACGGUCUACAUAAGAUGCAGACGCAACUAUUACCUUGUUGGUCCAUCACAGAUGAAAUGCCGAACGAUACACUAUUUGUUCAAGACGAUAGUCAAGUGGGAUUCACCAGGACAGCGCUAUUGUAAAAAAUAUCCUCUGCGGGAUCAGAUGAAACCAAUAUAUCCGUACUCACUGCAUACUUCCAGAUCUCAGCCAAUAUUAGUUUUUUGGGGAAAGUCUUUACCGUGGCGUCUUUAUUUUUGAGAAAAUGUCUGGCACCCACAGAUGGUAUAUUCUAUGUAAAAAAAAGCAAUGUAUAUUCUGCAAUAGUGUUAAGUUCAUGAAGUUCACAAAUUUGCAGCAUGAAUUGACAAUUUUAGAUGUAGAACACAUGAAAAAACAAAAGAACCUUCGUUGGAAUUACGUUUCUGACACUACAACAUCCAAAACAUACAAAAUCGAUGUCCUUCAGCAUAACCACGACCUGCACAAUAUAUUCGUUCACUUUUUGUGCCCCGACCUACGAUCAACAAUUAUUUUGUCUCAGAAGUGCAAUCGAAUUUCAUCAAAAAGUUCUUUGAUUUGUGGCUCUUAGUGACAAUUAUGUAUUUCCCAAAUAUUCGACACAGUAUACUUGACUAAAUUUCUGUGUCAUCACUUAAUAACUAUUUCUUAAUAUUUUACAGUAUUCGGUGGCAUAAAAGAUACACAGGUGUAUUAGACGUGCCCCGAUUUCAGUAGCGCGUAUUCAGGAAACAUGUUUUUAGUGCAUUAUACCAUGUAAUGUAGGCCCAAAUUCGCAUGUAGGAUCCACGGUGAUAUUUUUAGAGACAAAGUAAAAACAAAGAA